ACCGCGGACAGCUGGACCUGCGUCGCGCUUGCCCUCGCUCAGUUCCACUUCCACGAAGCCCCGGCCGGAUAUACAAACAACAGCCGCUACCGCUGCCUCAAAUCGCUGAAACUACGCUAUCAGCUCCGAUAUAUCUGUUGUGCAUCCCCCCACCAGUCCACCCAUCCCUUCUACAAGCAAGCAAGAAAAGAAAGAAGUAGCACCGUCUACCCACCACCUACCUAACCACUCCUUCAACCACCCACACGAUAAUCCACCGCCAACAUGCGCACCCACACCCGCUUCCAACCCCUCCGCACCCCCUCCCUCCGCCGCCUGCGCACCGCCUUCUCGCCCACCCGCGAGCCCCGCCCCCGCGAGCCCCUCUCCGCCUCCUCUACUUCGAGCACCCGCACCACCUCCCCUCUGACCCGCACCUCGUCCCCAGACUCGCACUUCUCCGCCUCCUCGACCGCGUCGUCGCUGCGCGCGCUGCUGCUGCUGCGCCGCAAGCCCAGCAGCCUCGACCUCGAGAUGGAGGAGGAGCGGCGCAGCUUCGGCGUCGAGCUGGACAUGCUGGAGCCGCGGCCGCACGGGGAGGCGCGGGGGAUGGGCGGGAUUUUCGAGGUCUUGGACGGGCGGGUGUGAAAAGGUCACGUGAGCGAGAGUUUGAUUUAGGAGGUGAUAUGAGGCGUACUGACAUGAACGCAACGGAACGGAGAAGAGGGAGGGUGAAACGAUGACGAGAGACUGGGAUUUUGGACGAGUGAUGUCGAGGAUGGGGAUGUGAAGCCGGAUGAUGGACAGGGGGUGAGGGGCUUGGUGGAGG